AUGAAUUUGACCCAACUUUUUGAGAGUAUCUUCUUGAAUGCUCAAGAAGCUAAAGAACAAUUUGAGCGUGGUCUUGAAAGUGAAGCUUUUAAUCGCCUUGAAGACAUAUCUAAAACAAUAAAUCUCUUAAAAGACUUUAAAUCCAAAUAUGCUGAGUUGCAACAACUUACGCCGACAAUUACUACACCACAACCGCCCUCUAUUCCUGUGUCCGUGGAACCAUUGGUGUCUUCCGUCAAGCCUCUCAAGCGUACUAUGCCAGGAAAAUACGAAAAACCAAAAAAAGCUGUCAAAACUAACGUGGAGGAUACACCCACAAUCACUAGCGAAGUAUAUUCAGUGAAUGUUCGUGAACUACCAAAUGUACCAAAUGAUCCCUAUACAGCCCAGCCUCCUCCACCAGUUUUUGCCCCUGCUGGUGUACUUCCUAGCGCUCCUCGAACUCAUACACAUGCUCCGUUGGAUCCUGGUCUUCUGAAACAUCUUGAUGAUAUUUUUAUUAAUUUCUUACAAACUAUUUUGAAUGCGACUGAUUCUAAAGGUGAACAAAUUCAUCAAACCUUGAUGGCCAAAAAAAUGCAAAAAUUAGAUGAGUCUCCCGAUUUUCGUCCAUUCAAAUUUCGAAUACAAGCUUUCACUAAUGCAUUUCACGAAGAAUUACUUCGUCAUGGAUACACCGAAGAGAUCCUACCGUUGAGAAAAGUUAAAAAUUAUUUAUGGACACAAAGAUAUAUUUCUCGAUUUAAUGAAGAUGGUAAAAAAGCAAAAUCUAAGGGAAAUCACGUAUGGAAUAUUGAAGCAAAAAAGACACCAAGUGGUGGUUGGAUAUUCCGCGAAUUUACUCGUAAAAUUGCUGGAAUCCCAGAUAAAGUUGCUUACGUUGGUGCAAAAUACACUUACGCUCCUAGAGUCUGGGAUCCACAAGUAAAUGUUAAAUCCAUUAAAGCUGUAUUUCAUUCUCCGUGGUUACCAGACUGGCUCAGAUGGGAGAACAAUGUUCUUACUGGUACUCCAGGAAUAGAUGCUGAAAGUUGUGAAAUAACUGCAAUUGCUAAUUAUUAUCACGGUGAUACCGUCUAUAAACUAGAAAAAUCUUUUUUUAUUACUAUUGCACACAUGGAUGCAUCCGAUCAAUUAAAUUUGAAUUCGGUAGCAAUGGCUGAUUAUCAGAUACAAUCUCAUCUUGGUUAA